UGUCCGCUUCUGUCUCUCCGUCUCGGGCCCCGCCCCUCUGUGGGUCUCCUGCCCGCGGCCGCCAUGUUUCUUGAGGGCGGAAGUGCAGCGAGAGGCGGGAAGACUGGGGGGGAGGGGCCGGGCGGCGCUCUUUCCUGUCAGAAGGAAGGAAGGAAAGAAGGAAGGAGAGAGAGAGAGAGAGAGAGAGAGAGAGAGAGAGAGAGAGAGAGAGAGAGAGGAGUAUUUAUACCCCGCCCUUCUCGCCCCGAAGGGGACUCAGAGCGGCUUACAGAACACGCAUACGGCAAACAUUCAGUGCCUGAUUCUACAAUUAACAAGGACAGACAACGCAGACACAGGUUUCUGCUCCAUGGAUCCAACGACCUUCUUUCUCUUCGUCGCCAUACUCACGCAGAAGAAAGCACAUGCACAGAUCAGUGGCCCUCCUGGCAGGUGUCUGGUGCACAGAGAGACCCACUGUAUGUUGCUGCCGAGAGAAACAGCCGUGGAUCCCGGUGGGAGACAGACUGCGCCGGAUGAUACAGAUACACUUCUCCCAUCAACUGCCAAAUGGGACUCUUACACUUUAUGGAAGUUGGCUGUAAAUAUGAGUUCCAAAGGGAUAGAUUUGCCUGACAAAGCUGUGAACGUGCAAAACCGUGACAGUAAAGAAAAGGUGGAGAACAAUGAUGAAGGCACAAAAGGGAACAAAAAAGGGAUGUCUGUAGGACUCGGCCAGAUAGAGUGGCAUCCACGUAACAUCCCACGUGAGAGAGAAGAGACUGCCUCCACACCAUCCCAGUUUGGGAGGAAGGACAAGACUGGACCAGAGACGCAUAACCCGGACCCUUCCCUCGGCAGAGAGGGCUGUCCUGCGGAAAGAAGGGCGUCUGCAGGGAGGGAUUGGCGGAGGCCGUGCAGAAGAAGCUCCAGGCCGAAGUGGAGAAGGACCAGCAGGUGCCAAAAGGUAACUUCUGAAAAAGCUCUGCAAAGAAUACGUUGUGAGAGCUUUGCCCAAGGAGUGCUCUAAGUCUAAAGGGACUUCAAAAUACACAGCAAUGACAACAAGAAAAAAUAAGUAGUAAAAAUAUAUUUCAAGCUACAAACCUAUGCAGUUAAGAGGAGGAAAUAAGAUUGUGCUGAAAAAAGAGAGGCUUGGGAAAGCGAGCAGAAGGCUACAGCAAUACAAAGACUGUGCUGCUCAGGAGGUUAUAUCUGUGAACCCCUGGCAUAAUAUUUGAAUUAUAAAUAUAAAAGAAUGGCAAGUCCUCUACCUCCCUAUCCUAGAUCACACACAGGGGAGAAGUUACAUCAGUGUCUGGAAUGUGGGAAACAAUUUGAUUGGAAAAGUUCUCUUACUGUACAUGAAAGGACCCACACAGGGGAGAAGCCCUAUAAAUGCAUGGAAUGUGGAGAAAGCUUCAGUCGGAGUGACAGUCUACGUUCCCAUCAAAGGACCCACACAGGGGAGAAGCCAUAUAAAUGCAUAGAAUGUGGAAAGAGUUUCAGUCAGAGUGGACAUCUACGUUCCCAUCAAAGGACCCACACAGGGGAGAAGCCACAUAAAUGCAUGGAAUGUGGAGAAAGCUUCAGUCACAGUGGCAGUCUACGUUCCCAUCAAAAGACCCAUACAGGGGAGAAGCCACAUAAAUGCGUAGAAUGCGGAAAGAGUUUCAGUCAGAGUGGACAUCUACAUUCUCAUCAAAAGACCCACACAGGGGAGAAGCCACAUAAAUGCAUAGAAUGUGGAAAGAGUUUCAGUCAGAGUGGACAUCUACGUUCUCAUCAAAGGACCCACACAGGGGAGAAGCCACAUAAAUGCAUGAAAUGUGGAGAAAGCUUCAGUCAGAGUGGCAGUCUACAUUCCCAUCAAAAGACCCACACAGGGGAGAAGCCACAUAAAUGCGUAGAAUGCGGAAAGAGCUUCAAUCACAGUGGCAAUCUACGUUCCCAUCAAAGGACCCACACAGGGGAGAAGCCAUAUAAAUGCAUAGAAUGUGGAAAGAGCUUCAGUCAGAGUGACAGUCUACGUUCCCAUCAAAGGACCCACACAGGGGAGAAGCCAUAUAAAUGCAUAGAAUGUGGAAAGAGCUUCAGUCAGAGUGACAGUCUACGUUCCCAUCAAAGGACCCACACAGGGGAGAAGCCAUAUAAAUGCAUAGAAUGUGGAAAGAGCUUCAGUCAGAGUGACAAGCUACGUUCCCAUCAAAGGACCCACACAGGGGAGAAGCCAUAUAAAUGCAUAGAAUGUGGAAAGAGCUUCAGUCAGAGUGUCAGUCUACGUUCCCAUCAAAGGACCCACACAGGGGAGAAGCCACAUAAAUGCAUGGAAUGUGGAGAAAGCUUCAGUCAGAGUGGCAGUCUACGUUCCCAUCAAAGGACCCACACAGAGGAGAAGUCACCUUAAUGCACGGAAUAGGAACAGAGCUUUAGAAAAAGUUCAGCAUACAGUAGACAUCACAGAACUCAUGUACCUCUAGAGGAGACGGGCCUUUGAGUUUCCGAAUCUAUAAAAACACAUUGGAAGGAAAGAGGAAGGCCAGCACCUUGCUCUCUCUCCACCAUGAAUCGGAGUUUGUGUGGCCUUGGUUGACGGCUACUGGGAGCAGGUGUCACUCAGAAUGGCAGCAAGCUUGGAAGGGGUUCACCUAACCUCCUCCGCAAAGAGACCCAUCGCAGGCUUCUAGGAUGAUGUGUGAAGGUUUGCUGAAAUGAGCAGCAGCAGAGAUCUCUGGAUUAAAGGGUUCUGAAAAAGAAUAGCUCUUUGGUUGCAGAUAACGUCGUAUCUUCAUACUCCUGCCUUAUUUCUUGGCUCUUCUGCAUUCAAUGGCAUCAAUUGUUUCCCAUGCAUGUGUACUGUAUGUACUGUGAUCUGUCCUGAGUCCCUUGGUUGAAAUUUUGGGUGCUAGCCCUGUACUUUUAACCCUUUUCUGGACUUUGUUGUAUCCUGAAUCAUUGACUCUAAAUUCUGGACUGACGUCUAGGUUUCGUAUAUGGACUUGGACUUUGUUUGUAUCCCUGACUUUCUGGCUUGACUUUGGGACUCUAAAUUCGGUUUGUACUCUUGAUUUCUUGGUUGUUGUUUUAUCAACUCAGCUGAAUGAACUCCUGGCAUGUGACUGUUGGGACUGUGACCUUGGUUCUUGUUAAUUUUUACUCCUGACCUGUAUCUGCAGUACUCAACUUGUCCGCAAUAAUUGGACUCUUGACCUGCACUUGUAUUCAUUGUUCCUUCAACUGUGUUGCUCCAAUUAUUUUAGCUCAGUGGUUCCCAAACUUUUUUUAACUAGGGAUCAUUUGACAAGGGACCACUCUCCAAAAUUAGUACCAGAAGGGUUAUAAAUCAGUUUUUGGUCAACUUUAGAUUUGGUUUGGUUAUUUGGAGUGAUGAUUCAGAAAAUUGCAUUGGAUAGACCACGUCAGCUCUCAUUCCUGAUAUGCCAUCCAGUUAGUCGUCAUCUGCUCGCCCACAGAAAACCAUAUUUAAUAAUCCUCAGGACUAUAAGAGGGUUUCGCGAGACCAGUCACUCUCAUUGUAAUGGUAUAGUAACUGUGAGGCUGUGAACCCUAUUUUAGUUCUUGCGGACCACUGGUGGUCCAUGGGCCCCAGGUUGGGAACCACUGUUUUAGCUGGACUGAAGACUUUAGUUUUCCUAUAAAAUAAUAUGGUCUUGGCUUGUCUUGUGUUUGUUUAAUAAACCUCAGACUUUAUACCGAGAGAGCCCUGGAACAUGAGACCAUCAGCCUUGCUUUGUGUGUACUUAUCCCUGUGUAGAGUGAAACCCUUUCUGGAUAUGAGACUGUUCAAUCCCCACCUUUGGCAAAGGGUCCAUUAGGACACACAGUAUCCCUCCCCAACUGCAGAGAAUGGAAGACAAAAAAUGACUACAACGACUGAUGAAGAUUCAUGAAUCCGUUGAGAUGGACAUAUUAACUACAUUCAUGAAGUAUAGAACCGCACUGAAAGGAAAUAAGAGUAAAUAGAGAUACAAAUCAUAUAGUGAGUGAGUUUUGUAAAUUAGCGUUUGAUGUCAGUUAGUUUUGUUCUUAUUGUGCAAGGUGUGUGUCCUUGUUCCCUUUAUAUUUGUUAAAUAGUCCUUUUUUAAAAAAAUGUACCAAAAUUAUUAUUUGUAUAAAAUAUUGUUUUUAAAUACCAAAAUUGUAAUUUGUGUAAACAUGCUUUGAUUUGUUUUUCUUCUUUAGUCUUUGAAUAAAUAUUGUUUUUUAAAAACGAGUGUGAUACAGCAGCUUUGAAAAGCCAGUGUGAUUUUAGGCUGUACCAACGGGAGGGUGAUGUCUAGAUCUGGGUAAGUUUUAGUCGACUCUCUUCUACGCUUUGA